GUCUACUUGUGCAUCGAAAUUAAUCCAUCAUGGAUAAGUUUAAUUUAUAUUAAAGACUCAAGAAUUAAUAAGCUAAAUAACUCGUGGAUGAUUUAAACAAAUGUUUAAAAAAACAUUUUUGUAAAAUAAAAGAAAGCAUUCUUGAUGGGAAAAAAGAAAGCAUUCUUGAUGGAAAAAACCAUAAAGAUGAAAUAUAGAAGCACAUCCACAAAUACAAGUCUGACCUACUUUUACUGGCAAUACUAGAGCAUUCACUGGGUAUUAGAGAUCUUGGCCAUUAAUACCAAUAUAUAGUACUUAGGGCUGCUUAAGUGUGAAAAUUAUGGAGCAUGAAGUCUUAUAGAAGAGUGAAGACUUUUAAAGUGGAAGAAUUGUCCAUUCACAAGAAACUGAAGAAAAAAACCUAGUUUUGUAUUAUUAUUGUUUAGUGACUUAGAAAUAACACAAUAUUUGACUUUUUGGUGGAGGCUUGAUUCUCUUUUAUAGUCUUUACUAUCAACUUUUGAAGCAAGAGGUUUUCAGAUUGUCUUAAAUUUUAGUAGGGAAUCCGAGUUAAAUGUAAACCCUUGUGCGGAAUGCUUUUAAUCCAAGAUAAAAGGUCUGUUCUAUUCUUGAGAAAGAAUAGCACUCGCAAAACGCAAGGUGGCGCUGCAGGCUAAAGAGAGGAAAGGGAAGGAACGGGGAGGGGAAGGGAUGCACAAAGGAUAUUCCAGACUUCCGACAAAGCCAUAGGAAAUGAUAUAGCUAGCUAGCGGUAGCAAGCCCGGGGAGAAGGCACCUCUCUCUUUUCACAGGAAUUGCUAGUGUCCAAGUCAUUCCUAAGGAUUCCAGCUGCAGGCAUUCCAGGGAGCUGUUUGAGGCCAAAUGGAAGGAAUUUUGGGUUUUAUUUUGAAAGUCUUGGAAAGAAUGGAGUCCAGAUUGGAGCAAGCUGUGAAGAAAAGGCAAGUGCUGUUUCUUUAUGUAUUUCUUGGAGCGUCCUGGGCUAGCGCCGAACAGCUUCAGUACUCUGUGGCAGAGGAAACUGAGAGAGGCACUUUCUUAGCCAAUCUAGCAAAGGAUUUGGGGUUGGGGCUGGGGGAACUGUCAGCCCGGGAAGCUAGAAUUGUUUCAGACCAGAACACACGGUUUUUACUGCUCAGUCCUCUUACUGGAGAGCUAAUUCUUAAUGAGAAGCUGGACCGAGAGGAACUGUGUGGCCCCACAGAGCCCUGUGUGCUGACUUUCCAAUUGCUGUUGGAAAGACCAUUUCAGAUUUAUCGUGCUGCAUUACAUGUCAAAGAUAUAAAUGAUAAUUCUCCAGUAUUUCUAGACAAAGAAAUACACUUGAAAAUAUCAGAAAGUACCACGCCAGGGGCGACGUUUUUCUUAGAGAGGGCACAGGAUUCCGAUGUGGGAACGAACAGCCUGAGUAACUACACCAUAAGCCCCAAUGAUUAUUUCCACAUUCACGUGAAUGAUGGCGGGGAGGGGACUAUCUUUCCUGAACUGGUACUGGAUAAAAUGCUGGACCGAGAAGAAAUACCAGAAUUCACUUUAACUCUCACAGCCUUGGAUGGUGGCUCUCCACCUAGAUCUGGGACAGCCUUGGUGCGAAUCUUGGUGUUGGACAUAAAUGACAACUCCCCUCAAUUUGUGCAGUCACUUUACAAAGUUCAGUCACCUGAAGACACCCCGGUUGGCUCCUUGGUUGUCGCUGUGUCUGCUAGGGACUUAGACACAGGAAGUAAUGGUCAAAUAACCUACACAUUUUCUUAUGCCACUGAAAGAAUUCUCCAAACGUUUCAAAUCAAUUCUACAUCUGGCAAUCUUUAUCUUAAACGCGAACUCAAUUACGAGGCAAUUCAAACUUAUUCGAUAACUAUUCAGGCCAGAGAUGGUGGUGGACUUUCUGGGAAAUGUACUGUGGUUGUAGAGGUAAUGGACGUAAAUGAUAACCCACCUGAGUUUCUCUUGUCGUCACUUAAUAGCCCAAUUCCUGAAAAUUCACCAGAGGCGGUUGUUGCUGUUUUUAGAAUUAGAGACAGAGAUUCAGGGAACAAUGGGAAAACCAUGUGCUCCGUUGCACAUGAUCUCCCUUUCGUCCUGAAGCCAUCUGUGGAGAAUUUCUAUACUCUGGUAACAGAAAAGCCUUUAGAUAGAGAAGCCUACACUGAAUACAACAUCACCAUCACAGUCUCCGACCUGGGCACACCCAGGCUCACAACCCAGCACACCAUAACAGUGCAGGUUUCUGACAUCAACGACAACGCCCCCACCUUUACCCAAACCUCCUACACCAUGUUUGUCAGAGAAAACAACAGCCCCGCCCUGCACAUAGGCACCAUCAGCGCCACAGACUCAGACUCAGGCUCCAAUGCCCACAUCACCUACUCACUGCUGCCGCCCCACGACCCGCAGCUGGCCCUCGACUCGCUCAUCUCCAUCAAUGCUGACAACGGGCAGCUGUUUGCUAUUAGGGCGCUAGACUUUGAGGACCUACAAGCCUUUGAGUUCCACGUGGGCGCAGAAGACCAAGGCUCUCCCGCGCUCAGCAGCCAGGCUCUGGUGCGUGUAGUGGUGCUGGACGACAAUGACAAUGCGCCCUUCGUGCUCUACCCACUGCAGAACGCCUCUACACCCUGCACAGAGCUGUUGCCCAGGGCAGCAGAGCCUGGAUACCUGGUCACCAAGGUGGUGGCAGUUGACCGAGAUUCUGGCCAGAAUGCCUGGCUGUCGUUCCAAUUGCUUAAGGCUACGGAACCCGGGUUGUUUAGUGUGUGGUCGCACAAUGGCGAGGUGCGCACCACCAGGAUGCUAGGCGAGCGCGAUGUGCCCAAGCACAAGCUGCUGCUGGUAGUCAAGGACAAUGGAGAACCUCCACGCUCUGCCAGUGUCACCCUGCAUGUGUUGCUGGUGGAUGGCUUCUCUCAGCCCUACCUGCCUCUGCCAGAGAUGGCGCACGACCCUGCACAAGAAGAAGAUGCGCUGACACUCUACCUGGUCAUUGCCUUGGCGUCUGUGUCUUCUCUCUUCCUGGUGUCUGUGCUGCUGUUCAUUGGAGUGAGAAUCUGCAGGAGGGCCAGGGCGGCCUCUCUAGGUGUCUGCUUUGUGCCUGAGGAACACUUUCCUGGCCACGUGGUGGAUGUCAGCGGUGCAGGAACCCUGUCCCACAACUACCAGUAUGAGGUGUCUCUUACUGGAGGGUCAGCGAUAACCAGUGAAUUUAAGUUCCUAAAUUCAAUUGCCCCUAACUAUCUAACUGAAAGCACAGGGAGAGAAAUAGAUUAAAAACUAUACCCUUCUGCCCAUAGAUGAAGUUCUAAUUUAAACUAUGCCCUUGUUGUGUAAAGAAUGAUGUAAUGUUAACAUCUAACAUCUUGAAGUUAACUAAUUUAGGACAAAAAAAGAAUACCAUUAUUAUUCUCAAGAACCUUUUCUUUAAAGUAUGAAAUGCAUGUGUUGUGUGAUAUAUCCAAUUUAAUUUAAUUUCUCUUUGUUUUUUUAAGUAUUUGUUGAAUUGCAAUCUAUUAAACAACAAAUCUUGGUAGAGAUGAUCUAAA